AUGCCGCGCGCGAAGCGCCGGCCGGCGCCGGUAGGUGUAUCGAGUUCGAGCGUAUCAGGUGCUAGCUCGGACCCGAAGACUUUAGUGGAUGAGGACGCGUUUUUCAUCGCGGCCCACCCGCCGCGGCCACCGCCGGUCGAAGAGGAGGACGCCGUGGCAUCCUCCUCCACGCCUCAGCCUACGAGCCAGGACCCCAGCCCCCGCAAGAAGAAGCGCAGGCAGCUGCCCGAGUGGGUCGCACAGAGUGUGUCGAGCGACGAUAGAUUGGGUUCUCCAGCGCAGGAAGCCGACGCUGCGGCACCUAUGCCUCCUCCGCGUGAGCGCAGCGUGAGCGUCACGCCGCCGCCCGAGCUAGACGAAGAGAUGCUUGAGUUUGCACGUCAGGCCGUUGAGAAGGUGAUGCGGAGGAGCGCCGAUGGAACUGUCCGACACGCCGACAAGGACCUGGAUUUGGCGCCUACGAGUGACGAUGUGUCGCUCGAUCUGAAUGCCGAUUUGGCGCGCUACUAUAAAGGCCCAAACGCCCAACAGCUGCGUGAGCGUGCUAUUGCGCGUGAGCGUGAAAUGCAGGCGCAGCGGCAGCGCCGGAACGAAGAGGCAGUGGUCACUGAGCUCCUCGACCAGGACGAGGCAGACGAGGCGCCGCCAACGACGCAAGUCAUCACGAUUGACGACUCUUCGGACGACGAACUUGCAGUUCCGGACGAGUCCUCUGAGGCGCCGCCGCCCGCCGAGGAGACGCAUGAUACCGAAAAUACAAUGUCUCUCCUACUUCGUGCCGUGAAAGGCGAGCCACUGCCGGUCAAAGUCCGUCCCACGACCAAGUUCUCGACGAUCUUGGGCCAUUUCGUGCAGACCUAUGCGUCGCUGCUCGCGCCGAACGAGCAGCAAAAGGCCUACCUUAGUUUCGAGGGCGAGCGUCUCGCACCUAUCGCGUCAGUAGAAGACAACGAGCUGGAAGACGGCGACCAGCUCGAGGUGAUGUGGUAA